AGUAAAAAAAGAUGUUGUAGUAGUCUAGGUAUGGUUUAAUAAGCAUCUAAAAUACUAGGGUAACGGUGAAAAUAAGUGACAGUGAAAGAAGAAACUGACUCAAGAGUAUGAAGAAAGGACCGACAUGAUCCGAAGUCUGAUUGGGGCUGAAAGAAAGGACUUGAAUUAACAGGACCUGCUGUAUACCAGGGCUCUGCCAUUACAAAGAAUGUUGCUACCAUGAACAAAAACAAAGAUCAUGAGGGGCAGCCACUUAGGGGGAAAAAUGAAGUCCAUUUUAGACUGAAUAUGAAGCGAUGACAGGACAUUCUAGGGGUGUGUGAGUGUGUGUGUGUGUGUAUACACUAAAGCACACAAAAGCAUUUUCUGUCCCUUAUAAUCUAAGUGUAUCAGAUAUUCUCUCCAAAUUAUUGUUGCAGCUCCACACUUUGGGAUGUUGGUUGUAUACAUUACUGUUUCUAUUAUCUGACCAAUACCCCGCGUCUCCAAACUCAUGUUAUCAAGUCAGUCUGUGGUAUACAAAUACAAUUUUUAGAGAAGAUUUUAAUGCUCAAUCUCAGGGAAAAUGCUAUUUUCUCUUCAUUUUAAUGAUACUGACAUAUCAUUCAAGAGCAUACAGCAGGCAUACAUAAUAAAUGUAAGGUCAAAAGGCAUUAAGCAGAAAACCCUCCCUGCCCUGGAGGCGGGGAUUUGUUCUACAAAGCCUCCUGUUAUGCCAGUGGCCAACUAGACAAGUUGGAGCUUUUUUCUUUUUUUUCUCCUGUGACACGUGCUUUAGUUGCAGUGGAAAGGAAAUGUGUCAUCUGUGGUUAGUGGAAAGCUAGCUGUACAUAUCCUUUUUUACUGCAGAUUUACUUUUAAGCUCAGAUUCUUCAAGUCUAUUCUGCCUUAAAUUACUUGGAAGCUGUGCUUCAAGACAAGAAAAGAAGUGGCUUAUUAAAAUCAGGUUAUAAUAAGACUUUGACCAAGCAUUUUGUAAGAUUACCAGUAUACUCACGGACAUGGAACACACAGGACAUUACCUGCAUCUUGCCUUUCUGAUGACAACAGUUUUUUCUUUGUCUCCUGGAACAAAAGCAAACUAUACCCAUCUGUGGGCUAAUAAUACUAUUGUCUUGGAUCCAGAUAUUCAAAAUAAGAUGGGCAGAAGCCAAAAUGAAAACAUUAACACAAACCCUACAACUCCUGAAGUAGAUAAAAAAGUUAUUUCUACAAAAAUGCCUGAAAUAGCAACAUCAUCUCACAUUGCAUCUUUAACUCCUAAAUCUGAACUGGAGCUUUAUGUAUCUUCCGUUGUCAGGAACAGUUCUCCAACAGUACAUAGCAUUGAAAACACAAGCAAAAGUCACAGUGAAAUCUUCAAAAAAGGUGUCUGUGAGGAAAACAACAACAAAAUGGCUAUGCUAGUUUGCUUAAUUAUAAUUGUGGUGCUUUUUCUUAUCUGUACAAUUUUAUUUCUAACAACUGUGGUUCUGGCAAACAAAGUCUCAUCUCUCAGACGAUCAAAACAAGUAGGCAAGCGUCAGCCUAGAAGCAAUGGCGAUUUCCUGGCAAGCAGUGGUCUAUGGCCUGCUGAAUCAGACACUUGGAAAAGAGCAAAACAGCUCACAGGGCCCAACCUAAUGAUGCAAUCUACUGGAGUGCUCACAGCUACAAGGGAAAGAAAAGAUGAAGAAGGAACUGAAAAACUCACCAACUAACGGAUGCUUUAGUGAAGAAAAAUGCAAAGAAGCAAUAAGAAAGUUUCUGGAGUAAAAAUGAUGUCAGUUUGAUAUUUAAUGCCAAGGUGUUCUGAUGGUCUAAAAUUUAACAUGGCAGGCUGUGCAAUUUAGAAUCAAGCAGGUGAGAGGGGAGAAGUAUGCCUGCUUACUUAAUUACUUAAACUGUGUCUGACACUAUUUUAAAAGGCAAAAAUAAAACAACCAAGCAUCUGAGGAAGGUUUUAAAGACAAGCUGAAGGAACUGACUAAUAGAGGUAGAAAGGGACAAUUAAAUAUCUCCUGUUCAGCAAUAGUAGUUAAAUGAUCUUUGUCCGAAUGUUAUUAAAUUUUGAAGCGUUUUAGUGUGUCGUCAGAGGCAAGUAUAUGCUUUAACAUCUAACAGGAGUCACAUUCUAAAUGCAUAGAAUUGAACUGUAUAGUUACGUGGUACUUUCUUUGCUGAAUGUGACAGAAUCCAUACCAGCUCAUCUAUCAACACAGCUAAUGUUAUGCUAGAUGUUUUCAUCUUUAUAUAUGGCAUACAUAAGAAAGUGGUUUUCUACUAUAAAUAUUUAAUUAAAACUUUAAAUUUUGUAUAAUAAAUUAAGACUUGUUAGAAUAAAAGUGACUA